UAUAAAAACUCGUGCUACGCCAGUCACUUAUCAAUUCUAGUUAGGAUUGCGCUAUGAAAGUAUUUGUUGUUCUAGCAGCGCUGCUCGUCGCAGUUAGUGCUCUGCCCGUCGAGGAGCGCAUUAGUGGCGAGAAUGGUUGGUACAUUCCUCGCAUCGAUGGCACAAGCGAGUGGAUGGAUCGCGAGCAAGCCGAACUCUUGUUGGCUGCCAGGAAGCUACAGCGCAGCUCUGAUGCCGUUAACUUCUAUCUCUACACCAAAUCUAACCCAACUGUUGGCAAACACAUUGAAGCGAACGCGGAUUCUAUUCGUGACUCGCACUUUAACAAGGAUCAUGGUACUCGCUUUGUGAUUCACGGCUGGGGCGGUCGCUACACCGACAGCAUAAACACCAGGAUCACCAAGGCCUGGCUGUCCCGUGGUGAUUACAAUAUCAUCGUUGUCGGCUGGGAUGGAGCUCAGUCUGCCGACUAUAUCUCCUCGGUGCGCGCUGUUCCCGAUGCGGGCGUCAAGGUGGGAGAGAUGGUCAAGCAUCUGCAUGAAAGUCACGGCAUGUCUCUGAAUAGCCUGUAUGUUAUUGGGCACAGCCUGGGUGCUCAGGUGGCGGGAUACACUGGCAAGACCGUGGGUGAAGGCAAGAUUCACACCAUUAUUGGCCUAGAUCCUGCCUUGCCACUCUUCAGCUAUGAUCAGCCGGAAAAACGUCUGUGCUCCACCGAUGCUUACUAUGUGGAAUCUAUUCAGACCAACGGUGGCAUGAAGGGUUUCCUUAAGCCAAUUGGCAAAGGUGCCUUCUAUCCCAACGGUGGCAAGAAACAACCUGGCUGUGGCAUCGACGCUGCAGGGACCUGCUCUCAUGGUCGCUCGGUAACUUACUAUGUUGAGGCUGUAACCGAGGAUAACUUUGGCACUAUCAAGUGUGGUAACUACGAGGAUGCUGUGGCCAAGGAUUGUGGCAGCACCUACAGCAGUGUUCGCAUGGGCGCGGACAUCAACGCCUACAUGGUCGAUGGUGACUUCUAUGUGCCCGUAAAUAGCGAGACGCCAUUUGGCAACAUAGAAUUUGGUGCACAGCCACUGAAAGAGGACCUGGACGAGGGGGCCAAUGGAUGGACACUGCCGGACGGCAGUUGGCUGAGUCUAAUGGAAGGCGAGGCAUUAAAGGAGCUUCAGUCCGAUGUGACCUUUUAUUUGUACACGCACAGCAAUCCCAAAGAUGGGCAGCAGCUCAUAGUUGAUGACGAAUCGAUACACAGCACUCAUUUUGAUGCAGAGCGAGCAACAAAGUUUGUCAUACACGGCUGGAAGGGUAGCUACAAAGACAACAUGAACAAGUGGAUUACAAAUGCUUGGCUAUCUCGUGGAGAUUUCAAUAUCAUCGUUGUCGACUGGGCAGCAUCGCGCACUGAGAACUAUGUGAGUGCCGCUAAAGCCGUGGCAAGUGCUGGCUCCAAAGUGGGUGAAUUAAUUGAGCACUUGCAUCGCAGCCACCACAUACAGUUGGAUAAGCUUGAGAUAAUUGGUCACAGUUUAGGUGCGCAUGUUGCCGGUUUCGCUGGCAAAAAAAUGGCAGAGAGUGGCGAACAAGUGCACGCUAUUGUUGGCCUCGAUCCUGCCAUGCCGCUGUUCAGCUGGAACAAGCCAGAAAAGCGUUUGGCUAGCACUGAUGCCUAUUAUGUGGAGUCCAUACAAACCAAUGGCGGCAAGCUGGGCUAUGUGAAGCCCAUUGGCCGUGGCACCUUCUAUCCUAACGGUGGCAAACGGCAGCCGGGAUGUGGCGAUGAUUUCGAUGGCCUUUGUGCCCAUACACGCUCUGUCACCUACUACGUGGAGGCUGUGGAGCGGGAUAACUUCGGCAGCGUUCGUUGUGCUGACUAUGAGGCUGCUGUGGCCAAGGAUUGUGCCAGUCAGUAUAUGGGAGUGCGCAUGGGAGCGGUUACCAAUGCCUACAUGGUCAGAGGCGACUUCUAUGUGCCCCUCAACGAGCAGGCACCUUACACGGCGUUUCUAACACGUCUAUCUGUAGAGGAGAUCUUAAAAAAAAUGGUUGACUUGCCUAGAAGGGGGCACCAAAGUGGUGCCAUAUCGCAGAACAUGCUAAUCGGACACGAGUCAAUUCAGACCAGUGCCGUUGAGCACAAGAUGAAUGGUGAGAAUGGCUGGUAUGUGCCCCAAGUGGAUGGCACUUUCCAGUGGGUAGACAAGGAUGCCGCCGAGUCAUACUUGGAAGCUCAUCAGGAGAUUGAGGGUCGCAGUCUGCUGAACCCAGUCACUUUCUACCUGUACACCAAGUCCAACCUGAACUCUGCCCAGGAGAUCAAGGCCAACAAGAACUCCAUCGAUGCCUCCCACUUCAAUCCCAACAACCCAACCCGUUUCACCAUCCACGGCUGGACCUCCAGCGCUGAUGACUAUGUCAACUAUGGUGUGCGCGACGCUUGGUUCUCCCACGGUGACAUGAACAUGAUCACCGUCGACUGGGGCCGUGCUCGUUCCGUUGACUAUGCCUCUUCCGUCUUGGCUGUUCCCGGCGUCGGUGAGCAGGUUGCCGAUCUGAUCAACUUCCUGCGCAACAACCACGGUCUGUCUCUGGACAACACCAUGAUCAUUGGUCACAGCCUGGGUGCCCAUGUGUCUGGCUUCGCUGGCAAGAAUGUGAAGAACGGACAGGUGCACACCAUCAUCGGUCUGGACCCUGCCCUCCCCCUGUACAGCUACGACAGCCCCAACAAGCGUCUCAGCUCCACCGAUGCCUACUAUGUCGAGUCCAUCCAGACCAACGGUGGUACCUUGGGCUUCCUGAAACCCAUUGGCAAGGGCGCUUUCUACCCCAACGGUGGCAAGAGCCAGCCUGGCUGCGGUAUCGAUCUGACCGGCUCCUGCGCCCACAGCCGCUCCGUCAUCUACUAUGCUGAGGCCGUGAAAGUUGACAACUUCCCCACCAUGCGUUGCGGUGACUACGAGCAGGCUGUGGCCAAGACCUGCGGCAGCUCCUACAGCUCUGUGAAGAUGGGUGCUGUUACCAAUGCCUACAUGGUUUCUGGUGAUUACUAUGUGCCUGUCAACAGCCAGUAUCCCUAUGGCUACGGCAGCUAAACUGACCAAACUGAGUAUGCGUUUUAACAAUUAAAAUCAUAUUGCUAAAUUGAGCUUUUUCUCUAUCUCUUUCAUUGUAACAUUUGGUGAAUGCUUUCAUGAAGCUUUCACUCAAAUGGCAAUUUGCGAUACGCGCUUCGCGAUUCGAGUAUGUAAUGAAUUUUUAGCUAUAAUCUUAUCUUCAAGACUAUUAAUACUAGAGACUGCAAAUUUGGAUUUGAUUUAAGACACCUAAUCGGCUUGCGAGGGUAGACAAAAGUACUCUGAGUGACAUUGUAAAGUUUGGAAAAUAAUAAUACAAUAUUACAGCAAUAUGAAA